AUGCGCUUCACCUUUCCCUCGUGGUUAAGCUGGUACAAAAAGCCCGAAUACCGGGACUUUAAGGAGUAUGCCAACAACGUGAGCUCCGGGAAGCGGUCUCUGAGCCCUGAUGGACGUAAGAGCGCCAUUCCAAGCCGGCUUCGCCUGGACCGGAUACUGGCAAACAAGACAUGCAGCCCAAUGUCCCUGUACGAUUUCUACAUGUACCUACAGUAUAUCGAGUUCUCUGCUGAAAACCUCGAGUUCUAUAUCUGGUUCAAAAGCUACGAGGCCGCCUACGCCAAGGGCCUGACCGGCAUCAACGACAAGGGAUAUGGAUAUGGCUCGCUGCCGAGUGCGGCUGCAUCCGCGUCUUCGGUCGUCCCAAUCAAAUGCGAAGACAGCCAGGAAGUUGACGAUGAUGACGACUAUACCGAGGUUGAAGCCGGAACCAGUAAGGCAACACUACUCUAUCCCUUCUCCCCGUACCGCUUUCACUUCAAGACGAUUUCUGACAUCCCCUUUCCAUAUCUGUCAGGCAACGAAGCCCUCGAGCACCUCUCGCAACUCAUCUCCACCUCGGCCGUCUGCACCACCAAGGGGUGCACCCCCUUCUCCAUGUCCCUCCCGCAGUCGCUCACCACAGCCACCCUGAACCCCACGCCCAAACCCCCCACCACAGCGUCCACCGCACCACCCCCUUCUACAACUUCCAAAAAACCCAAAGGAAAACCCGACCCUCUCUACGACCUAACCACCAUCACCUCCAUCUUCCUCCUCCCGUCCUCCCCAAAAGAGCUCAACAUCCCCCCUGCGCUUCGCGACCAAGCUCUCGCCGCACUAUCAUCCGGCACAACCCACCCGGACGCGCUCAAACCCGUCGCAGACCACGUGUACUCGCUGAUGCGCAACUGCUCGCACCGGAAUUUCGUGCGGCUCGGCGUCGGCAACGGCACGUUCGAGACGGUGUGCGUGGCGACGCUUUUGGGGUGCGUCAGUCUUUUUGCUGGCUUCCUGCUUGUUCUCAUGCGCGGGUUUGUGCCCUUCCGCGGGAGCCAAUCGCGCUGGGAGGUCUGGGCGGCUUGGCCGCUUUGGUGGAUGGGUGUGAGUCUCGUGCUGAGCGGGUUGAGGGGGAGUUGCUUCUUUUUGCUGCUUUUUGGGCGGAGGCAGAGGUUGCCUUGGGAGAGGAUUGAGGAAGGGGGUGAUGAUCAUGGUGGUGGUGGUGGUGAGGGGAAGGGAGGAAGUGGGAUGGCAGAGAAUAGGCAGCGGAAGGGGUUCAGCCUGCGCAGGGCUCUGGGUAGAUUGAUGAUCUUUGAUCGCAGGCUUCAGGUCAAGGAGAAGCACCUCCGCAGGCUUCAGAGGAAGAUUGUACUUCAGAGUUUGGCCGGGGGAGGUGUAUUUGCUACGCUUGGCGUGGUCUUGUUUGUUUUCUUGCCAAUCUGGAAGGAGACGGUCUAA